AUUUCACACCUGGACUCGGUUGAGACCAAUGACGUCACUGCAGGCUACAGGCGGUUUGCUUACCGUUGGUUUCUCAGAGACUUUGUAGACAACACAGAUAAUGUAGGCAGAGCUCCAGAUGGGCGGGUUUACCGACGAUCCCUCCAGUGGUACUCCAGUAUCAAAUCGCACUCAAGAUUGCGACCAUUGAGUGGGGAAGAAAUCUUUCCCAAGCACUGCCUUCAGAAGGACUCGAACAUUAUUAGGUAUGGCUGUUCGGUAGGCAGUGGCCGUAACUACUGUCAGAAGAAGAAAUAAUCAGAGCGAAACUUCUAGGGAACUGCGAUGACUUACCCGCAGAACUUCGGGUGUUGUCUACUACUGGUGAUUUUACUGACCUGGUCUCCAGCGCACGCUACCGCGCCAGUGUUUACCAAUGUGGCUUCAGAUGGCAGCACUCGCACUACAGUUUCUGAGCAGGAAGCCUCAGGAUCCACCAUCUUCACCUUAUCUGCCACUGAUGCUGACAAUGACGCUCUUACGUAUAACCUCAUAAAUCCGGUGGAGUUCUCCAUCUCCGGCCAGGUCAUCAACUUGGCGACGACGCUUAAUUACGAGACGACGCAGACCUACACGAUUGUGGUCACGGUCUCAGAUGGAACAGGCAACGUUGUUACAGGCACGAUCACCGUUGAUGUCAUCAAUAUCAACGACGAGACACCGACUAUAUCGGCAACAACCUACAUCGCUAGCAUCGCCGAGAACCAAUCCCCAGGUACCGUGGUACCCUUCUCGCUGACCAUCACCGAUGCGGACGCUACCGAUACGACCCUGGGGGAAAAGCUCACUUACUCGCUGGAAGGAGUAGACAGUUCAUCGUUCGUGAUUAACUCAUUAACUGGUCAGAUCACCACGGCCGUGCGUCUGGACAGGGAGGUCAAGGACACUUAUGACCAGCUCGUUAUCAAGGUGCAAGACGCAGCAACCCCUACACCCCACACAGCAACCGCCAGUCUGACGGUCAGCGUCUCAGACCUUAAUGAUGUCACACCCUCGUGCACUCCAGCAGUAUACUAUGUCACGGUGGCAGAGAAUACUGCCCAAGGUGCCUCACUUACUACCCUGACAUGUUCUGACACGGACCUCAGCCAGAAUGGCUUCAACACCAUCGCCUACACCAUCGCUAGCGGGGAUCCCGGCAACGUGUUUCAGCUGUCGGCAUCUCAACUGCAGACAGGCGCGACGGCUAUCGACUACGAGACUCACCAACUGUACACGCUCGUCAUUCACGUCGCGGACUCCCCUACAUCCGGGUCAGCGAACACUGGCACAGUCACCGUCCUUGUCACAGUGACUGGUGUGAACGAAUAUGCUCCCACAUGGACGGCAGCUCCCGCAGACAUCAGCAUCGCCGAAGACUGGGCUGUAGGUGACACAAUUUUCACCAUCACCGCCAGCGAUAACGACAGGGGAAGUGACGGUACUAUUGGUUAUUCCAUCACCAAUAUCGUAGACGACCAAAGCCACGUUGUUGCUGGGAUAUUUCGAAUGGACGCCGUGUCCGGAGUCCUGUCCACCCUUCAGGCCCUAGACAGGGACAGCGGGGUGACGUCAUACAGGAUCACCCUCAAGGCCGAGGACAAGGGCUCGCCAUCUCGAAGCGUCACCAGCAGCGUCACUAUCACCAUUACUGACGUCAACGACAACGACCCGGUGUUUACGUCAUCCGGGUACUCGAAGACGCUGGGGGAAUCUUCAGCCACAGCUGGUGCCUCUCUUGUCGUUGUAUCGGCGACGGACCUUGACCAGUCCCCGGUCUUCACUUACAGCGUCGGCUCUGUACUUGUUGGAAACCCUGCAGGGACAUUUGAGUUUGACUCUUCAUCGGCGGGACUCUUCAAGCUGGCAACAGCCAUCGACCUGGAAAACCACGGCUACGCCUACUCCUUGGUCCGCAUUCUCGUCACGGAUGGCGGCACCCCCAUCAGAACUGGCACAGCGACUGUGACGGUGUCGGUCUUCGCCACCAACGACUUCGACCCACAAUUUGUUACAGUUCCUUCUGGAACCGUCACGGUAUCUGAAGCAGAUCCUCCGGGCACCCUCGUCACUGUAGUGUCUGCAACAGACCAAGAUAUUGGGUCGGACGGUGUUGUCACCUUGUCUAUCACAGGUGGAAACACAGGCAAUGCGUUUACGAUACUGUCGAAUGGAGAAAUUCGAACCUUGUCAACCUUGGACUACGAAGGAGGCACGAUCAGCUACAACUUGGUCGUCACGGCAACGGACGGAGGCUCGACCCGUCGUUCUGCCUCCACCACCAUCUCCAUCGCCAUCAGCAACGCCAACGACAACUCCCCUGUCUGCACCUCCACCCUGAUUACAGCGACCUUACCAGAAAGCGCCACAACAACUACUGUAGUGGCAAGUCCAUCUUGUUCGGAUGCUGAUGGCAACACACUGACUUACACCCUGGUUUCCGGUAACACGGACUCAAAGUUUGCUAUCAGCAGUUCCAGUGGGCAGAUAACCCUUGCCAACACUGUGGACUACGACUCUGGCACCAAGUCAUACGUUCUCCAGGUCUCGGUGACUGACGGCACCAACGUUCAGACACUAACUGUCAAUGUCAACAUCUCUCCCGUCAACGAAGCUACUCCGACCUUCACCUCGUCUCCAACGGUUACGGUCAGCGAAAGCGAGGCUGCGGGUUACGUCGUGACAACGUACACAGCCACGGACUCUGACCUCGCGCCUCACGCCAUCACACAGUACGCCAUCACUGCCGUAACACAGAGCGGAAGCUCGCUGUUCUCGAUCGACAGGUCGUCAGGAACCAUCAGGCUGCUCGCUCCACUAGAUUACGAUACACUUCCGGUGGGUUCGAAGCAGUAUGUGGUGACUGUCACAGCGACUGAUGGCGGUGGGCUUGUGGGCACAGGAUCGGUGACAGUGGCCGUUUCCGAUGUCAACGACAACGCCCCAGUCUGCUCGCAGUCGAGCUGGUCGACCACAGUCCUCGAGUCUGUUUCAACAUUCCCCUCUGUCGUCAUCAAUUCCCUUGGCUGUUCGGAUACAGAAGACGGAACGUCCUUGACCUACACGCUGAAUCAGAGCCCGGGGUCAAUGUUCAGUGUUGUCAAUGGAAGGAUCGAACAAAAUGCCGCAGUGGACUACGAGUCGUCUCCCUUGCACGUCCUGUCGGUGGUCGUCGCCGACUCCGGCACGCCAUCCCUUUCUACCACCGUCAUCGUGAACAUCAUAGUACAGAACGUCAACGAAGGGCCACCCGUCUUCGGCGGACCAUACACCGCCACCAAGGCGGAGAACGUGGCCAUCGGAACCUCGGUGGCGCAGCUGGUGGCCACGGACCCGGACGGCGCCACGAACUCUUACGGCAACCCGCAGUACUCCAUCCUGUCCGGCGACCCCAACGGGCAGUUCAACAUCGACUCGUCCACGGGACUGGUCACCACGAGGGCGGCGCUGGACGCCGAGACGACUGCCUCCUACAUCCUGGUGGUUCAGGCUCUGGAAAAAGGCGGCGCCAACUCGGCAACAGCCACCCUAACGGUCACCGUCACCGACGUUAAUGACGUCACGCCGUCCUGCACCGUUAGCACUUUCGCCAGGACGGUCAGCGAGGCCACAGCCACAGGCUCCACCAUCCUGACGCUGACCUGCACGGAUGGCGACGUCACAGCCACGACUCUGACCUACAGUCUGGCCAGCGGCGACGCGUCACUCUUCGCAAUGACGUCAAAUGCACUGACCCUGAGUGCGCAGCUGGAUUAUGACGUCGGCACGACCAAAUAUGACGUCACCAUCCAGGUCUCGGACGGCGUCCACUCCGCAUACGUGGUCGGAUCUGUGUCUGUUGGACCUGUCAACGAGUUUGACCCAGUAUUCUCGCAGACAACCUACACGACCUCCGUCAGCGAGAGCUUCUCGGUGGGAGGCACGGUAAUAACGGUGACAGCCACGGACGGCGACUCCAGCAGCACGGCGGACGGCGUGGUGACCUACGGCUUCGUCUCCUCGUCUUCGACAUUCGCCAUCGUCUCCUCGUCGGGAGCCAUCGUCCUGUCUUCGUCGCUGGACCGGGAGCUGGUGGCGACGUACACCUUGCUGGUAACCGCCCACGACGUCGCCACAACCGUCACGGCGACUGUCAGCAUCAUUGUCAACGACGUCAACGACAACCCCCCAGUGUUUGCUUCGGCGCUGUACACAGCCGCAGUCUCCGAGACGGCUUCUUCACCAGCGACAGUCGUGACCGUGUCGGCCAGCGAUGCGGACGAUCCUGCAACCAACAACAACGGCGUCGUCGUCUAUUCCAUCACGGCUGGGAACACCAACGGCCACUUCACCAUCGGCUCCAGCACCGGGGUCAUCACAACCACCACGCAGCUCAACGCGGCCUCGCUCAGCAGCUACAUUCUGACCGUGACAGCCAAGGACCGCAACGGAGCCAGCGGUGCUCUCAGCGCCACGUGUCUGGUGACGGUGACCGUGACCGCGGUGAACCAGUACGACCCCGUGUUUACGUCAUCAACUUACAGCUACACUGUAGCAGAGAACACGGCAGUGGGCACGGAACUCGUGCAGGUGUCGGCAACGGAUGCAGACAGCGGAAGUGGCGGAGUAGUGACGUACUCCAUGACAUCACACACCAAGUUUCUGCUUUCCGCGGACGGCUGGAUCUCCGUCAAAGCCGCCCUCGACCACGAAACCACGCCCACCGCUUACACCUUCGACGUUAUCGCCUACGACCAGGGCAGCCCUCAGCGUAGCGCCACGGCCACCGUCAGUAUCACCAUUGGCGACGUCAACGACAAUACGGCCCUAUGCACACUGAGUGUCGUCUCGGUCCAGAAGCGGGAGGACUACACGGGUACGAUCACGACCUUGACCUGCACGGAUGCUGAUGCCGGCAGCAACGCAGCAUUGACCUACACCAUCCAUAGUGUGGACGGGGUUGCAGGUGGGGGCGCUGGCAGCUUUUCCGUUAGCAGCGCGGGGGUGGUCAGCGUGUCGCAGUUGAACUACGAGGUUGCGACUUCACACGAGGUCGUGGUGGUGGUGGCAGACGGGGGAUCCCCGCCGCGAUCGACAUCGGUGCUGGUGGUGGUGACGGUGUCGGACGUGAACGAAUUCGACCCGGCAUUCUCCUCGACGCCUUUCUCUGCCAACAUUGCUGAAAACGAGGCGCUCGGCGCCACCGUCCUUAGCGUUACCGCCUCCGACAGCGAUGGUUCCGACACCAUGACGUACUCCCUGUCAAGUACAACGUACCUGGAGGUGAGCGCCCUCACCGGUGACAUCACGUUAAAGGCGCGGCUAGAUUACGAAACUACGCAUUCUUACUCUGUUGACGUCUGCGCCACCGAUUCCAACACCGUGGAUGCGCGGCGAAGUGUCUGCGUGGCCAUCAGCAUCACCGUGACGGACGCCAACGACAACGACCCCAUCUUUGCCCCAAGCGUGUACGUCGCCAGCGUCGACGAGAACACCAGCGCCGGCACGACGGUGGUGACCGUAACAGCCACCGACCGAGACGUCCUGGCAGCUGGGGGAACUGUUUCGUACUCCAUCGCCUCGGGUAACACGGGAAGCGUCUUCCGGGUGGAUGCCGCGGCAGGUCACGUCGUCAUCGACGAUAACACCGGCCUGGACUACGAAGCAGUGCGGGUGUUCAAUCUGGUCGUCGCAGCAAACGACGGAGGAGGCCGGUCUGCGCAGGCCGUGGUCACCAUCACCGUCAACCCUCGCAACGAAGCCACGCCCACUUUCUCGCCGGCUUCGUCGACGAUAUCAAUUGCCGAGAACGCAGCUGUGGGGUUUUCCGUGGCCACCAUCACAGCGACAGACGCCGAUAGUGGUCCGGACGGCCAACUAACCUACAGCAUCACCGCUGGGGCUUCGGGCAAGUUCGCCAUCGAGUCGGCGUCAGGGAAAGUGACUCUAGUGGCCAGCCUCGACAGGGAGACAACCCAGUCGUACGUCCUGCGGAUCGAAGCUGUCGACGGCGGCACCACCAACCCCAGCGCCAAGACCGGCACCUACUCACUCACCAUCGACGUCACGGACGUGAAUGACGUCACUCCGGCCUGUACUAAUGCGUACUAUUCCGCGGCCGUUCCCGAAGACUCCGCGGUGGGCGCUGCCGUCACAACCCUGACCUGCUCCGAUGGGGAUCUUGACCCGUCGAACCUCAACAACGCCCUGACGUACACCAUCACGGGGGGCAACUCUGCAGGACACUUUGCAGUCGGCGCCUCGGGAGCCGUGACGGUGUCAGCAGCCUCGUUAGACCGAGAGACGACAUCGUCGUACAUACUGACGAUAGAGGUUGCCGACAGGGCUACUAGUGGCAAGCUGACCACAACAGUCACGGUUAAUGUGGAUAUAACAGAUGUCAACGACAACCGGCCAGUAUUUACAUCCAGCCCCUACACACUAGCAGUUGCUGAAAACCGCCCUGUGGGCUACACGGUGGGCACUGUGUCUGCGACUGACCAGGAUGCUGGCUCCAACGCCGCCAUUACCUACAGUCUUGUUUCUGCAUCCAUUGCUGGAAAAUUUGCUGUCGACGCUACUACUGGUGUUGUCACCGUCGCUGGUGCCUUGGACUACGAGACGACGACGAGCUAUACUCUGGUGGUCAGCGCUACAGACCGAGGAGCCGUGCCCCUGUCCGCCACCACCACCGUCUCCAUCUCCGUGUCAGACGUCAACGACAACGGCCCCAUAUGCGUGGCGUCGGUGUACACCGCCACCUUGCCCGAGAACGCCGACCCUGCCACGGCCGUAGUCGUCACGGUGUCCUGUCCUGAUGCAGACACACCUGUUGUGACCUACUCCCUGACAGACACAAAAUUCGCCGUGAACCCCUCGACGGGCGUCGUGUCUUUGCUCUCGGCCCUCGACUGCGAGACUGCGCAGGCGCACACACUCACCGUCACAGCGUCAGACGGCACCUACACGGCCACCACGACCGUCCAAGUUACGGUGACGGACAUCAACGAAUUUGACCCAGCAUUCGCCCCCACCACACCCUACACAGCCUCCGUGUCCGAAGACUCCCCCGCGGGCUACACCGUGCAGGACGUGGACGCCAGCGAUGCGGACGUUACUGACAACGUCUUGACAUACAGCAUCACCAGUGGAAACGCAGCCGGCAAGUUCACCAUCGACUCCGCCACGGGUGUCAUCCAGGUUCUGGGAUCGCUGGAUCGCGAGACCACCUCAUCGUAUUCCCUGACCCUGAAAGUGGCUGAUGGCAGCGGAGCAGGCUCUCGCAGCAGCACCACCUCCAUCGUCAUCACCAUCACUGAUGUCAACGACAACGACCCGGUGUGCAGUCCUGCUUCCUACGUCGCCUCCGUCAACGAAGACGUCGCGGUCUCCACCACCGUCGUGGCGCUGACCUGUUCGGAUGCCGAUGCUGGGGUCACUCUGGCGUACACCCUUCUGACUUCCGGAAACACCGGCACGGCCUUCGCCAUCGGCGCCUCGUCGGGGGCGAUCACCGUGGCGACCGCACUGGACUACGAGACCCUGAAGGCCUACGCGCUGCGGGUGGAGGUCAGCGACCAGUCCACCCCGUCUGCACGAACGACCACCGUUCCUGUCAGUGUCGCCGUCCAACCCACGAACGAGUUUUCCCCCACCUUCCCAGCCUCGGGCUAUGGCAACACGGACGUGUCAGAAUCCACGUCUGUAGGAACCGUCAUCCUCACUGUCACAGCCACGGAUGGUGAUGUAGGGCUACUGCAAGGAACUGUUCGCUACAGCAUAAUUUCUGGGAACUCUUUGGGUCACUUUGCCAUUGACUCAGCCUCCGGUGGUAUCAAGGUGGCAAAAGCUCUGGAUCGCGAAACCACUGCGUCCUACUCACUCUCAAUCAAAGCUGAAGAUGAAUUCACGGGGUCACCAACCUUAAGAUCAGGGGUGACUACCGUCGGGAUCACCAUCUUGGACGUCAACGACAACUACCCCGUGUUCAACCCUACCCUGUACUCGGUCACAGUGCUGGAGACGGCCCCCACUGGAGGAACCGUUGCCACGGUUACAGUCAGCGAUGACGACGCAGGCACAAACACCGCCCUCACUGUUACGAUCGUGUCCGGAAACACCGGAAAUGCAUUUUCGAUCAGCGGAAGUCACGUCAUACUGAAUGCCAACCUGGACUACGAGACGACUACAUCCUACGAGCUUAUUCUGCGGGCAGCGGACCAGGGUACCCCGACACUGACAGCCCAGGCGAUGGUCGUAGUCACAGUAGGCCCGGUAAACGAACAGGCCCCGCUCCUGACCGACACCUCAGUCACCCUCAGCAUCUCCGAAGCAACGCCCAUCGGCACUCUCAUCUACACCGCCAGCGCCUCCGACAGCGACACAGGCGGCAACAACGACGGCACAGUCACUUAUUCUAUCAUUUCAGGGGACACCACUCCCAACUCUUUCUACAUCGGGUCUACUAACGGGAAGGUUCUGGUGCUGUCCACACUGGACUACGACACCCAUCCUCAGGCUUACACCUUGACUGUUGAAGCGAGGGAUGGUGGAGGUCUGACAAGCACAGCACAGCUGACGAUCACCCUUCUGGAUGAAAACGACAACACCCCGCAGUUCACCCGCAAUACAUACACCUCGACCCUCAACGAGAACGUCAGUUUGGGUACAACAGUCUUAACUGUAACAGCCACAGACCUGGACUCGGGUACCAACGGUCAGGUAUCCUACUCCAUUACAGGGUUCAACGGUCCAAGCUCCUUCACUAUAGACUCCACGACAGGCAUAAUAACCACCAGUGGAAUCAUCGACUACGAGAGCCUUCAUGUCAGGUACCUCGUCGUCAAAGCUGUCGACGCCGGCGCCACACCUCUCUCCUCUACCUGUCUCGUGCGCAUCACCAUCGUGGACCUCAACGACAACUCGCCGGUGGUAGUUCCUGACGACUUCACGGUCACCGUGGCGGAGGAUGCAACGAUCGGAACUCGGGUUGCAGCUGUUGCUGCCACAGACGCCGACUCCAGCGCCAACAACAACAACGUGGUGGUGUUCGGACUCAGCAGCACCCACUUCCAGGUGAACCCCAAUACAGGGGACAUCACCACGGUGGCUGCUCUCGACAGGGAGACUACUCCAAGCUUCAUUCUGCUGGUGACUGCCACAGACCAGGGCACCGACCCGCACCAAAACACCGUUACAUCGACAGUUACAGUUUCGCUGGUUGACGUCAACGACAACACCCCUGUCAUCAGCGGCACCUACGACCGGACAGUGUCCGAGGACACAGCUGUCAACACCAUCGUCGUCACGGUCCUCGCCACUGACGCCGAUGCGGGAGAUAACGCCAGGUUGACCUACACUAUCACCAGCGGCAACACCAACAGCGACUUCAAGAUGAUUUCUUCCACGGGUAUGCUACAGAUAGCGAAACCGCUCGAUCGUGAAACCACAUCUCUGUAUCACCUGAAAAUCACGGUUAGCGACAACUCACCAACCGCUGCACGAUCGUCGUCCACGACGGUCACCCUUACCAUCAGCGACGUCAACGACAACGACCCGAUCUUCUCUGGGCUGCCGUAUUCUUUCUCCGUGGCCGAGAACUCGAACACCGGCGUGACCAUCGGGCGCCUGACAGCCACCGACGCAGACGAGGGCCAGAACGCCAACCUCCUCUUCUCCUUCGUUACUUUCUGGACAGGAGGCAGCUCCUACUUCUCGCUGAACGCAGCCUACGGGAGGAUCACGACCGCAGUCAGCACACUGGACCGCGAGACGCAGGCCAGCUACCUCGUCCGGUGCCGGGUCUAUGACCAGGGUAGUCCCCAACGUUUCGCCGACGUCAACGUCAGCAUUACCAUCACGGACGUCAACGACAACCCGCCGGUCAUCGCUGCAGGCAGUUACAACGUUUCCGUGGCGGAGAACUCGGCUGUGAUGACUUCUGUCCUUACCAUCUCGGCCACUGAUGCUGACAUCGGUGUAAAUGCUGACAUCACCUACUCCAUCGACACCAGCACAACGAGGGACUUCAGGGCGAGUAAAUACCUUCAGAUCAACGGUACCAGUGGAGAAAUAUCAGUCAAGAGUAACAUCGACUACGAGACCGACCACAGCUUUGUUUUUGUUGUCGUGGCUGCUGACGGUGGUUCCCCGACUUUUUCCGACACCACCACAGUCACCGUUAACGUGGUCGACAAAAACGACAACGCCCCGGUGUUUGCAUCGACUUUCAUCAACACCGAGGUGGCCUACGCAGGUCAGUGCAGCAGCGCCAUUGCCACCUUGACCUGCACCGAUGCCGACUCCGGGGUCAACGCGCAGACUCUCUGCUACUUCUCCUCCAACGGCUACGGCUCGCUGUUCUCUAUCGACGGUACUGCGUGUUCUGUGGAGCUAAGCUCCAUCGCCACCUCCAACACCCGCUAUCUGCUGGAGGUACAGUGUCGAGACUCAGGAUCCCCCCUACAGAUCGCGGCGACGCAUGCCACCGUGAGAGUCGACACCUUCAUUCCAGAUAAUGUUGCCAUCAGGUUCAGCUUGUCCAUCAGUCGCAGCAGCUUCUUGGCUCAACAGUCCACCUUCUUGUCCAACGUGCAGACGCUGGUCCGAGACCAGUUCCCCAACGCCAUGGUCCGCCUGUGGUGCAUCGAGGAGCGCGAGGGCACAGCCUCCUCCCCAUCAUCCACAGGGCGACGGCGCCUGUUGGCUGAUCAGCCUGUGGACGUGCUGGUAUAUGCUACGAAGGACAACACCACGAACUCGAAUGCCAACACUGGUCAGACUAAAGCCUUUGUGAGCAGCGCUCAGCUUGUGUCCAUCUUUGCCUCCGACUCCACGGGAACCCCCUCCUCAGCCGUUUCUGGCUCAGGUUGGGACUACUUUGGUGUUGAGGCGGUGGUGGAGUACGCAGAGACGAGUACACCGUGGAUCAAGACGACGGAGGGAAUCGUUGUGGUCACAGUCUGCUGCGUCCUCGCGCUGGCUUUGCUCGUCCUGCUCAUCGUCCUGUGCCUGCGCUGCUGCAACAGGAGAAGGAGGCCUGUAACUCCAGUCCGCGCCCUGAUCGCGGAAGCUAAGUCGCAGCCAGUACGAGAGAAGCCUGUAAUCACCGGAAGUGAAUAUGAUUCAGGGCUGACACAACCAUACUUCAAGAAAUCUGUAACUCACGCCGAGAUGUCUGUGGAUCCUGUGUUUGUGGACACUGACCGCAGACCUGCCGGCAGACGACCAACACAGGACAAUCUGACCCCACGCCCUGUCCCUUUCGCCAGUCCGCGGGGAGUCGUCCUGUUCUCCAAAAAUCCGACUGAUGUUUAUCCCGUGGUCAACAGGGACUUCGAUGGACGAGCUUUGGAUCCUAAAACGGGGCGGAUUUACGAAUACAACACAAGAACCAACGAAAGACGGUGGCUGGAGCCUCCACCGCCCUACCAGCAGAACUGAGACAUUUCUAACAGCUGUUCGCUAGUUUUUAUUUGAAAUAUGCUCAGCAUUUCCAAAUCAUUCCUUUAGUCAAAUGGAUCCGAAAAGCACACUCUUAUUUGUAUUUCACUUUUGUCCAAGUUAUAAAUAGAACGCACUCGUUAUAUAUUUUUAUAUAUGUUAUAAAUUUUACGGAUAAAUUUUAAUUUUUUAACAUGUGCCAUGUACAGAUGAUUCCGCCCGUGGAAAACUCUCCAUUGUCCAACAGAAAUGUUUACCUCAUUAAGCGACCACAUACGCUUUGUGUUCCUUCCGUCAGUAGGUUAUGGAAUUCUUUCUCUGUACUUUUUUUACUUGUCCAGAAAUGUAUGACCGGAUUUUUCCCCCCUAUACAAUGUAAUUUACAUCACAUUAGUCAUCAAGUAUCCCCGAAUGAAAUGUCUACAUAUGGCUUCAUAAAGUCAUUUAACCCUUACCCUCCUAUGUCCUCAGCAAUAUAUCAAUGAAUGUGUCAAUGAAAUGUGAUUCUACAUAGACAAGAGACACUUUAGUCCGCUAAAAAAAUGUACAUUCAUCUUACUUUGAGAUUAUUUGCACCGUAGCAGUUUUUUUCCAAGAUGCUUUAUUUACAUUUGUUAACAAUUCGUCGUCUUUCCCGUUAAGAAUUUGUUGAUAUUGUUCCAUGAUCUUAGUUAAGGUAUAAAAGAGUAUUCAAUGAUACUGUUGAAUUGUAUUUUCGUUAGUUGAUGAACUCACAACAUCCAUGCUUGUCGAUCAGAAGUCAUUUAGUCUUAAAGAACUACCCGACUCGUCCGAGUUAUAACCAUAUCAACGAAUAGAUAAUUUUGAAAUUUUUACAAGAUUUUUACACACUUUGAUAUUUUAAGUUACAUGUAUUAAAGAAAACCCCGAGAUUAUUUUACCCUUUAUAGUACAUUUCAAGUAACAGUGUGUUUUUAUUUAUUUAUAUUUUUUAAACUUAUUUCAUUUUAGGUUUUUGGUCUUUUUUGAAUUUUUUAUUUAUCCGACAUGUCGCAUUCUAUUUAUACACUCGUUCAAAUUCUUGACUCGGUGAGCAUCACGUGACAAGCACGAGACGUGCGAACACGUGGAGAAAGCCUAUCUGGACACACUUUCACCCCCGUGUGUCUAAGGUGACCAGCACUCGGACAGUGUGACACCCAUGGUUCUGUAUGCCUGGUUAUCAUCCAAGGGAAGGAACUAUUGCAUGGAAAGUCUGCACAGUUACAGUUCUUGAAAUUUUUCCUCGCCUUUUUUUUUUUUUUUUUUUUUAAAAAAGGCAGAAUUUCUUGUGGGCUUUUCUUAAAAUGGUUUCGCCCGUGCGAGGGAAGGUAGGAGUACCCGGUGGUGUACCAGCGGUCAGUUUUCCCUAAUUGCUACCCUGGCCCCGUAUCAGGGUGGAGAUGACAGGUGAUAACCCGAGCAAUAAAACGUCUUUCUCAGACGA